AUGGCCAGGAGGAUGACGAAGGCCUCGGUGCUUCUCUACCUUCUCACUGCUUCCAUCCUCUGUUCCCCCGCCAUUGGAGGCGACACUGUCACACCCAACCGACCUCUCGUCGACGACGGAGGAACCAGCUUAAUUUCCGCUGGUGGCAGCUUCGAAUUGGGCUUCUUUAGCCCCGUCGGUUCUACCAACCGCUACAUCGGCAUAUGGUACCACGGGGAGUUAAGUGGUACCGUUAGUACCCCGAAAUCCGAGGAUAUGAUACUUUUUGACUUCAAUUCUGAAAUCAUUGAGGCCUAUAAAUACUCUACCGAUCCGAGCAGCUUUGCGUGGCAGAGCUUCGAUCUCCUGACGGACACACUUCUGCCGAGCAUGAAGAUCGGGUGGAACCUGACGAGCGGUCUGAACCGCAACCUCACGGCAUGGACGAGCGUCAGCGAUCCGGCGCCGAGCGAGUACGGCACCGGCUUCGACGUGCAUGGGGUUCCGCAGAUAUUUCUGUGGUCCGGGAGCCGGCGGUACUGGCGCGGGGGAUCAUGGAACGGCCUCCAGUUCAGUGGCAUCCAGGAGAUGAAGACCGACAACGUGUUCGACAUGGUGUUCGUGGGGGACGCCCGCGAGAUCGUGUACUCGUUCUACAUGCGAGAAUCCUCGGUCGUCUCGAGGUUGGUCAUAAGCCAGUCGGGCAUGCUGCAGCGUUUGGUGUGGAUCGAAGAAAGUGAGAUGUGGAGCGUCUUCUGGUUCGCGCCCAACGACCAUUGCGACAACAUGUUGUCGCCCUGCGGCCCCUACGGCGUCUGCUACCCCAACGAGUCGCCGAAGUGCAAGUGCUUGCAGGGGUUUCACCCCAAGAAUCCCAGGAGCUGGGAUCUGAGGGACGGGACGGACGGCUGUGUGAGGAACACGGCGUUGGACUGCCGGAACGGGACCGACGGGUUCAUCACGCUCAGCAGCGUAAAGAUACCGCACACGCCGACGUCGAUGGCGGACGAGAGCAUGAGCCUGGAGGAGUGCGAGGCUUUGUGCCGGAGGAACAGCUCCUGCAAAGCCUAUGCCAGUGCCAACAUCAGUGGAAGUGAGAGCAGCAGCGGGUGCAUCAUAUGGACGACGGAGCUCACCGUUAUCAAAAUGUACGACAGUGGUUCAGGACAAGAUAUCUAUGUCAGGCUGGCGGCUGCCGACCUUGGCUCUAAAGCAAGCCAGUCUCACCGGAAUCAUGUGGUCGUGAUCAUCAUCGUAGUCUCUGCUCUGGCAACCUUUUUCCUACUUUCUGUUGCUUGCUUCGUUUGGAGAAGGAAGAAGAGAAGAAAUCGCUACAUUGACGAAGAAACACACGAACAGGACAUGGACCUACCACUAUAUGAUUUGGACACAAUAGCAGGCGCCACUGGCAACUUCUCCAUGGACAACAAGCUUGGUGAGGGCGGUUUUGGUCCAGUAUACAAGGGUAAGCUGCGGGAGCUACAAGAGAUAGCUGUGAAGAGACUAUCCGAGACAUCGGCGCAGGGCCUGGAUGAGUUCAAGAACGAGGUAACGCUAAUUGCCAAGCUACAGCACCGUAACCUCGUCCGGUUUCUCGGUUGCUGCAUCCAAGCAGGGGAGAGGAUGCUGAUCUACGAGUACAUGCCCCACGGAAGCUUGGAUUCCUACUUGUUUGGCAAGGCUAAAGGUGCAUUGUUGGACUGGAAAAUACGGUACUACAUCAUCGUGGGGAUUGCUCGAGGCCUUCUGUACUUCCACCAUGAUUCUAGAUUCAGAAUCAUUCACAGGGAUCUGAAAGCUAGCAACAUCCUUCUUGACAAGGAUAUGAACCCCAAGAUAUCGGACUUUGGCAUGGCAAGGAUGUUUGGAGGGGACGACACAGACGCAAGAACCAGGAGAGUCGUCGGGACGUACGGAUACAUGUCUCCCGAGUACGCCAUGGACGGAAUCUUCUCGGUGAAAUCUGACGUCUUCAGCUUCGGUGUUUUGGUGCUGGAAAUCGUAAGUGGCAAAAAGAACAGAGGAGUCUGUCAAUCUGCACACCACCUAAAUCUUCUAGCACAUAUAUGGAGUCUUUGGAACGACGGUAAAGGGUUGGAAUUAGCGGAUGGGUCAAUGGGGCAGUCGUCGCUUUCCGUGGCAGAAGUCAUGAGGUGUAUAAAGGUGGGACUUUUGUGCGUUCAAGCGCGACCAGAAGACAGACCAACGAUGUCGUCGGUGGUGGUGAUGUUGGGCGGCGACAGUGCUCUCCUACCACAACCAAGACAACCAGGUUUUAUCAUUGCAUCUGAAACCGAUUCAUCUACGAGCAAGCAAGACUCGUCCACAAACCACGCAUCGAUGACGUCGAUGUUGGAAGGAUUGGUGAUGGCCAGGCGGAUGAGGAAGGCCUCGGCGCUUCUCUACCUUCUCACUGCUUCUAUCCUCUGUUCCCCCACCAUUGGAGACGACACUGUCACACCCGCCCGACCUCUCGUCGACGACGGAGGAACCACCUUAAUUUCCGCUAGUGGCAGCUUCGAGUUGGGCUUCUUUAGCCCCGCAGGUUCCAGCAACCGCUAUAUCGGCAUAUGGUACCACCGCAUCCCGGUCCAGACAGUGGUGUGGGUUGCCAACCGCCAGCGGCCGGUCACCGGCAGUUCCGGAAAGCUGUCCUUGGAGACGGACGGAGCACUCGUGAUCACCGAUGGCAAGAACUCCACCGUCAUCUGGUCCUCGGGCUCGCUGGUCCUUGGGAACCCAGUGGCGCGGCUCCUCGACAACGGGAACUUCGUCGUGGAGGAGGAGGGCAGUGACGACGACCAGAGCAGCUUUGCUUGGCAGAGCUUCGACUUCCUGACGGACACGCUUCUGCCGGGCAUGAAGAUCGGGUGGAACCUGACGAGCGGGCUGAACCGCAACCUCACGGCAUGGACGAGCGUCAGCGAUCCGGCGCCGGGCGUGUAUGCCAACGGCAUCGACAAGAACGGGAAUCCCCAAAUAUUUCUGUGGUCCAGGAGCCAUCCGUACUGGCGUGGGGGGUCAUGGAACGGCCGCCAGUUCGGUGGCGUCCAACAGAUGAUGACCGGCAACGUGUUCGACAAGGAGUUCGUGGUGGACGCCCGCGAGAUCGUGUACUCGUUCUACAUGCGCGACCCCUCGGUCGUCUCAAGGCUGGUCAUGAACCAGUCGGGCAUCCUGCAGCGCCUCGUGUGGCACGAAGACAGAGAGAUGUGGAGCGUCUUCUGGUCCGCGCCCCAGGACCAGUGCGACUACAGGUUGUCGCCCUGCGGCCCCUACGGCGUCUGCUAUCCCAACGAAUUCGCGAUGUGCAAGUGCUUGCAGGGGUUUCACCCCAAGAAUCCCAGCAGAUGGAGUCAGAGGGAUGGGACGGAUGGAUGCGUGAGGAACACGGCGUUGGACUGCCGGAACGGGACCGAUGGGUUUAUCACACUCAGCAGCGUGAAGAUACCGGACACGUCGACGUCGAUGGUGGUCAGGAGCAUGAGCCUGGAGGAGUGCGAGGUUUUGUGCCGGAGGAACUGCUCCUGCAAAGCCUAUGCCAGCGCCAACAUCAGUGGGACCGGGAGCGGCAGCGGGUGCAUCAUAUGGACGACGGAGCUCACCGAUAUCAAAAUGUACGACAGUGGUUCAGGACAAGAUAUCUAUGUCAGGCUGGCGGCUGCCGACCUUGGCUCUGAAUCAAACCAGUCUCACCGGAAUCAUGUGGUCGUGAUCAUCAUCGUAGUCUCUGCUCUGGCAACCUUUAUCCUGCUUUCUGUUGCUUGCUUCGUUUGGAAAAGGAAGAAGAGAAGAAAUCGCUACAUUGACGAAGAAACGCACGAACAGGACAUGGACCUACCACUAUAUGAUUUGGACACAAUAGCAGACGCCACCGGCAACUUCUCCACGGACAACAAGCUUGGUGAGGGCGGUUUUGGUCCAGUAUACAAGGGUAAGCUGCGGGAGCUAAAAGAGAUAGCUGUGAAGAGGUUAUCCGAGACAUCGACGCAGGGCCUGGCUGAGUUCAAGAACGAGGUAACGCUAAUUGCCAAGCUACAGCACCGUAACCUUGUCCGGCUUCUCGGUUGCUGCAUUCAAGCAGGGGAGAGGAUGCUGAUCUACGAGUACAUGCCCCACGGAAGCUUGGAUUCCGUCUUGUUUGACACGACUAAAGGUGCAAUGUUGGACUGGCAAACACGGUACAAAAUCAUCGUGGGGAUUGCUCGAGGCCUUCUGUACCUCCACCGUGAUUCUAGAUUCAGAAUCAUUCACAGGGAUCUGAAAGCUAGCAACAUCCUUCUUGACAAGGAUAUGAACCCCAAGAUAUCGGACUUUGGCAUGGCAAGGAUGUUUGGAGGGGACGAAACAGACGCAAGAACCAGGAGAGUCGUCGGGACGUAUGGAUACAUGUCUCCCGAGUACGCCAUGGACGGAAUCUUCUCGGUGAAAUCUGACGUCUUCAGCUUCGGUGUUUUGGUGCUGGAAAUCGUAAGUGGCAAAAAGAACAGAGGAGUCUAUCAAUCUUCACACCACCUAAAUCUUCUAGCACAUGUAUGGAGUCUUUGGAAUGAAGGUAAAGGGCUGGAAUUAGCGGAUGCGUCAAUGGGGCCGUCGUCGCUUCCCGUGGCCGAAGUCAUGAAGUGUAUAAAGGUGGGACUUUUGUGCGUUCAAGAUCGACCAGAAUACAGACCAACGAUGUCGUCGGUGGUAGAGAUGUUGGGCGGUGACAGUGCUCUCCUACCGCAGCCAAGACAACCAGGUUUUAUCGUUGCAAAAGAUUCAUCUGAAACCAAUUCAUCUACAAGCAAGCAAGACUCGUCCACAAACCACGUAUCGAUGACGAUGUUGGAAGGUCGAUGA